AUGGUGGGGAAGUUGUGGGAAAGAAAGAAGAACAAAGGUUUGGAACAGGAAGAGAAUGGUUUUUGGAAUGAUUUCGUGGUUACAGUGAAUGGUAAUGAUCCGAGUCAUCCAUCAAUUCGGGCCAGCUCAACUCCUAAUAUUGUCUCUAAAGAUCAAGUAAAUAAAUUUCAUUCUAAUGUUCUUGGAUUGCUGAAACAUGGUACGCCCAAAGAUAGUGAGAAUUCAAAUGGAGCAAGUGUACAAUCAGUAAUGGAUACUAUGAACGGUUUGGCAACUAAUGGUGGGAUGGAUGAGGGUGGUGAACUAUGGUGCCAUUCGAUUUGUGUGCUUCGGGAUUCCGUGAAUAGAGAAAUGUUUCUAAAGAUGGACAAUGAUGGUGCUAGGCUUUCUUAG